AUUAAUCUUAUUAAUUAAGAAAAAUUAACUAAAGUUAAAUUUAGGAUAUUAUUAUAUUAUAUUCUAAAAUAUAGAAUACGAUUACUAAAAUAAAACUUUGAUUUUUAUUUUUUUGGUUUACAUACACAAUUAUAGGUAUAAGUAUAGUAUAUGUAACAUAUUUUCAUUUGAAUUUAAUAAUAGUAAUGUUCUUAACAUGUAUAUAUUUUUCUUUCUAUCCUCGUAAUAUGGUCAACUAGAGUUAGAUCAAAGCUGAUCAGUAACUAGCUAGAGCGCUAGCUAGAAGAGAAAAUAUCAAUGGAAGGUGAAAUAAACAACUUGGUGAUGGUGUGGAUAACUGUGGUGGCAUCACUCUGUUACUGUCACACAAUCGGUAACAUUAUCACGCCAGGCACAGCCAGGCUCAUAGCCAUCCUUCCUGUGAUACUUAUUUUCUUGGUAUUGCCUCUAAAUCUAAGGACCAUCAUUCUGGGAGGACCAAUUUCAUUCUUCGUGGCUUGGCUAGCCAACUUCAAACUUCUACUCUUUGCCUACAGUAAAGGCCCUCUUUCCUCUAACCCACCUCUCUCUUUGUCUCGUUUCAUCCCCUUAGCGUCCUUCCCAAUCAAAAUUCAAGAGGAUCCACUAAAUAAACAAAAGAAAUCUCUCACAAACUAUGCCAUCAAAGCACUCAUAUUCUCUACCAUCAUACCAGUUCAACAAAACAAAUCCUAUACAAUUCACCCAAAAGUUUUCAUGUCUCUCUACUUCAUUUACAUCUACAUCUUUUUAGAGAUCAUCCAAGCCGCGGUGGCGGCUUUGGUACGAGCCGCGCUCGGUGCAGAGCUGGAGCCACAUUUUGAUGAGCCUUACUUGUCCACGUCGCUACAAGACUUCUGGGGGAGGAGAUGGAAUCUCAUGGCCAGUGACAGCCUACGUUCCACGGUGUAUAUUCCAGUUAGGAACAUCAUGAGCCGUUGGAUCGGGAGGAAGUGGGCCCCAGUCCCCGCAGUGAUCCCGACUUUUAUGAUGUCUGGGAUCAUACACGAGUUUAUUUUCUACAGUAUGAGAAGAUCAAAGCCUACGUGGGAAGUGACGUUGCUUUUUGUUGUGCAUGGAAUGUGUUUGGCUGCUGAGAUUGCCGUUAAGAAGGCCGUUAACAGGAAGUGGCGGCUGCCACCGUUGGUCUCGGGGUCCUUGGCGGUGGCGUUUCUCAUGACUACUGCCUUGUGGCUCUUCAUGCCGGCUCUUAUGAGAUUAGAAGUCGAUGUCAAGGCCUACAGUGAGAUGAUAGAGUUUGUUGAAUCAAUCAAAAUCAAGUAGCAUUCCUAUUUGACACUUUAAGAUAGAUAUAUAUAACACGAAACUUUAUAUUAUUUUAAGUGUUGAAGAGAAAAAAAUGUUGUAAUUAUAUAUGUUCUAUCAUUUUCAUGUACUUAAUUAUGAUAUGUAUUUUAAUUUAAGAUAUGUACUUAUUCUCAUUUAAAAUAUUUAAAUUAUACUUUUAUUUAAA